AUGAACCAGAACAGGUUCAAUAACAAACCAUUCAAAUUAUCUCAGCAGAUAAUAGAGACAUCCAAGCAGAGUCUCUCUGACUUGGCUGCUAUAGUCUCCAACCUCUCCAAGACCACUCACAGUUUUAUGGCUGAAAUUAGGUCUUUCAUUUGGAACUUGGAGAUACAGGUUGGUCAGCUGAGCAAGAGGAUCCUAGAGAUCCCUUCCAACACUCUUCCAAGCAAUACAGAGGUAAAUCCGAAGGAAGAAUACAAGGCCCUCACUAUGGAGGUUGUGAUAGAACCCAAAGAGGAGCCUGCUAUAGAGGAGCUCAAGGAAAUUAGAGCUCAUGAGGAGGCUGGGAAUGCCACGUUUCACGCCCCUUUGCUGAGAGAGGAACCUGAAGAAUACUCUUCUUUAGAAAAGGAUGAAGAGUCCAAGGAAGAGCAAAUUGCUCGGUACCUGACCAUCCUCACGAAGCUGAAAGCCAACUCUUCUCAUGCAAAGGCGUUAGAAAAGGAAGAUGAGCCUGUGAUACUGGCUAAGGAGUGCAGUGCCUUGGUCCAGAAAAAGAUUCCUAAAAAGCUACCGGAUCCUAGAAGCUUCCUGAUUCCCUGUACUAUAAGGACCAUCACCUUUGAGAAGGCACUAUGCGACCUUGGCUCAAGCAUCAAUUUGAUGCCUCUAUCUGCAAUGAAGAGGUGA